CCUUGUGAAGCUGAGCUUCAGGAACUGAUGGAACAAAUCGACAUCAUGGUAAGCAACAAGAAGCUGGACUGGGAAAGGAAGAUGCGGGCUUUAGAGACACGCUUAGACCUUCGGGAUCAAGAGUUGGCCAAUGCACAGACCUGCUUGGACCAGAAAGGCCAGGAGGUGGGGUUACUUCGACAGAAGCUGGACAGUCUAGAAAAAUGUAAUCUAGUAAUGACUCAGAACUAUGAAGGACAGCUACAGACCCUAAAAGCGCAAUUUUCUAAGCUAACCAAUAACUUCGAAAAGCUAAGAUUACAUCAGAUGAAGCAAAACCAAAGUCACCGGAAAGAAGCCUCCAACAAAGAUGAAACGCCUUUUGAACUGAGCAGUUUGAACCAGAAGAUAGAGGAGUUCAGAGCAAAGUCGCGGGAGUGGGACAAGCAGGAGAUUCUCUACCAGACCCACCUGGUGUCGCUGGACGCUCAGCAAAAGUUACUCUCUGAAAAGUGCAAUCAAUUUCAGAAACAGGCACAAAAUUACCAAACUCAGCUAAACGGGAAACAGCAGCGGCCAGAGGACAGCAGCCCUGAGACCCCUCGCCUGGUGUGUGAGUCCAGUCCUGGCUGUGAAGCCACGCAAAGAGAUGAGUUCAUUAUCGAAAAGUUAAAGUCGGCGGUGAGCGAAAUAGCGCUGAGCAGGAACAAGUUACAGGACGAGAACCAGAAGCUCCUGCAGGAACUGAAGAUGUACCAGAGGCAGUGCCAGGCCAUGGAAGCAGGACUGUCAGAGGUGAAGAAUGAGUUACAAUCACGUGAUGAUCUCCUGAGGAUAAUAGAAAUGGAAAGACUGCACUUGCAUAGGGAACUGCUGAAAAUGGGAGAACUGCAGACUGUUCAAGAUAACAGAAAAAGAGUUGAGUCAUCAUAUUCCCCUUCUACUAAAGAGCCAGACAGGAAAAGAAAGGAGCUGUUCUCAGUGGUCUCGGAUCAACCCAAUCAUGAAAAGGAAUUAAACAAGAUGAGAAGCCAGCUCUAUCAGGAGGAAGACCUGUGCUCCGAACAGGAACGGAUGAGGAACGAGAUCUCCGAACUCACCCAGGAACUUCACCAGAAGGAGGUCACUAUAGCAACCGUCAUGAAGAAAGCUGCCCUUCUGGAAAGACAGCUAAAGAUAGAAUUAGAAAUAAAAGAAAAAAUGUUAGCAAAGCAACAGAUCUCAGACAGAAGAUACAAAGCUGUCAGAACAGAAAACACGCACCUGAAGGGCAUGAUGGGAGACUUAGACCCUGCACGGUACUUGACUGUGAACUUUAGUAACAAGGAGCAUUCGAGGCACACAUCAAUUAACAAGCUUGAGUACGAGAACGAGAGGCUCCGAAGCGAUCUCGCCAAGCUCCACAUCAAUGGAAAGGCAGCGUGGUCCAAUCAGAGCAGCUAUGAUGGAGCAGGGGCAUACAUCUACCAGAGCCAGCUGAAAACGGAGACCGGUGGAGACAGAAUUAGCGAAGACUGUGAGAUGAACAGAAGCCCAACACCCUUGUCGCCUUUGCCAUUUCAGACCAAAGAAAUGACAAGUCCAUUGGCUGGUGACAAUGAAGUCCUCCCUCUGUCUCCACCAGAUAUAUCCUUCCGGGCUUCCCUAGCUGCGCAGCACUUCCUCAUGGAAGAAGAGAAGCGGGCCAAGGAGCUUGAGAAGCUGCUCAACACACACAUCGAUGAGCUCCAGAGACACACCGAGUUCACGCUUAACAAAUACACCAAACUCAAACAGAGUAGACACAUAUGAGCUGUGCACCUCUUCUGUUUGCUUCCUCUCCAUGAGGAAAAAAAAAAGCUUCCGAGAAACCCUUGCAAAGCGGACCCAUAGAACCAAGCAACCUAGU